UCUUCAUGGCGUUUGACCAAUCGACUCGGCGAAGGGGCGGGAGGCAACGUGCGUUCCCUGCUCCCCUCGCAGCAUCCUUCCAACAGCCUCUCUCGUGUCAAAAAAGAAAGGGUGGCAAGAAGAAGAAAAUACAAAAGGAAGGGGGGAGACGGGUCCUGGGAGGCCGUCGGAGGAAGCGAGGGGGACCCCGCGGAGGCUAACGUCGGCGUGGGACUCCCGUCCUGUGGAGAAAAUGGCUGCUUUUCAAUGUAAACAGGCUGUGAGGGACCCGCGUUGCUAAAGGGAGGAGGGGCGGACAUUGAAGGAAAUGUCGCCUCUCUCCCAAUGAGAACCCAAGCAUGUUGUACACUCCGGCUUGUCUUCAAGAUCACAAGGCCAAGGCAUCAUUUGCUACAUCAGCAAUGAGACAUCGCACACAAUUGAUAUAAAUCGACCUACAGCACAACCUCCAGUUGCAAUAGCCGACCAUGGCCCUGCCUGAAGGCAAAACAACGGCAAGUUUCCUAUCCGCGACUGCCACCACGGCCGCCCCGCUGGCCUCCUCAAGCACAAUGAGAGACAACGCCACGUCCAGGACGACACUCAUGACUGUUACCGUCCCAGCCAACGACAGCAGCUUCAACACCACCAACACCGCGUUCCCGCAGGCGGUGAUCGAGGGCCCGGGGAUGGGAAUGGUGCUCGUGCCCUUCGGCGUCAUCACCGUCAUCGGCCUAGCGCUGGCUUUGUUGCUGUACAUUCGGAAAAGGAAGCGUUUGGAGAAGCUGAGGCACCAGCUCAUGCCCAUGUACAACUUCGACCCGGCCGAAGAACAAGACGACCUGCUGGAACAGGAACUACUGGAUCACGGCCGGGAUGGCACACUCGCCGGUCCCAAUGCCAAGUUUUGACAAUGCCAUGAUGGUCAAAGGCAAACAUGACUCUCCGAACCUCGCAGGGGACCACCCAGAGACCCAGUCGCCUGGUCUUCACAGAUGUAGCCAAAGCUCUCAAUGCUUAACGGGAAGCUCUUCCAUCCACGGGUUUCACUUUGUGGACUCCCUGUUUUAAUAACAGUAGGUCACUCAGGAGGGACAGUAAAAGAGGAAGAAAUGGGGGGGGGGGGGAAGAAGACUUGCUUUUGGUGACGAAAUGGUGCUUCAUCGCCUUGGAUUUGAAAUGGUUUUGUGGGAAAACUGGUGCAUGCAAUGCAACGGAGCAUCACUUUCACAAUCGUGCAUCACUCGCCACACAAACGCGAUCACUUUGUGGAAUUGUUGCUGCAAAAUUUCUGUUCUUUGUACCAUCAUCGUAAUUUGGUUUGUAACACUGGAUGUUAUCCUUCAUCUUUACGGGAACCCUUUUCGUGUCUUCCUCAAUGAGCAAUUAACGACUUGUACUUAUACAUUAAAACUGUUACAAACCCUUUGAA